CAGGAAGAAAGAAUACGCGCAGAGUGGACUUUUGACCUCAGCGCCGUUUGGGUCCGAACCAAGACGCACACAGGACGGUGCGUUCACCAAACCUACCUUGCUGGGCCCCACUUUUCCCCCGAACCGUAGCUUCAGAGUGAUCCCUUUCGCACCCUCUAUAUAAUAGCGCCCUCGCCACUCGCCUCGACGCGUGACUCUCGCGGGUGGACAACGAAAUUUUUCAGCCAAAGAACAAGGAUCAGAAUCGUUUAAUCAAGUUGAGGAAGAUGGCACUAGUCUCCGUAGGAAGAUCAACACUGAACCCUAACGCCCCUCUUUACAUUCCCGCCGCGUUCCGCCAAGUGGAGGAUUUUUCUCCAGAAUGGUGGCAGCUGGUGACGACACUGACAUGGUACCAUGACUACUGGCUAAGCCAGCAGCACGAUGAUGGAGCCUUCUAUGGCGAGGAUGGGUUUGAUGGCAAUGAUGUGGUUGAUUUGCUUCCUGAUUCGUUUGAUUUUGAUGCUGGUGAAGAUCUUUUUGAAGAGUUUAUUCGAUCUUCUGAAUCCCAAGAAGAAACUGGACCCAAAGGAACUGCAUGAGCUUUUAGAGAUGAACCCUUUUAAAAGAAGCUACCAACCUAAGAGACUGGACCCAAGGCCUUAGCUUUAGGUCAUUUAGCUGAUAUGUUUGUAUCAUGUUGUUAUCCGUAGCUUCAACUUCCUGUAACUUCUUGUAUAGGCAAGGUUUCAAACUUCCAAUCUAUCCUUCUCUGCCUUUUGCCAAAAUGUAUGGUAAAUAGGGAAAGGAAAAAGAUGGAGAAAAAAAUGUGACUGUUUUAUGUACUGAUGUUGUAAAAGCUGCUACAACCUACAAUUAUUCAAAUUACAAAAUGAGAAAAAAAAGGAAAAAAGACUUCUCUGUUUGGA